GCCGCGCGGCGGGCGAGGGGGCUGACCCUCGACCGGGCGAGGCAGCCGAGCUCGCCAGCGCCAGAGCUGGCACGGGCGAUGCAGGCAUUUCCUGUGGGGAAGGUGCUGAUGGAGGCCAGUUGUCUUCACGUGGCUCAGAGCACCGAGGGCGACGCGGCGACGGCUGCGUGCCAGUGCAUCGAAGAAGUUCGAGAUCGUCUUCGCGAAUUUUUCGAGGACGCGAUGGCUUGGGGAGCGAAGAUGCGCCGCGAUGCCCCGAACGUGGCGCUCUGCAACAUCAACGACAUCUUUCUCAACAUGGGCACCUUCUUCACUACCGCGCACGGGUCGAUCGCGAAGAGGAGCGCGGCGUCGGCCCACGGGGACCUGGAGUGCGUCGCGACGAACCUCCAGGAUGCCAUGGCGAUGCUCAAGGUCGGUCACUACAUGGUGGUUGACGUGUACUUUGGGCUGGUUGGGACGCUCGUGCCGAAGCUUGGCGACGCUCUUCUGGCAUUCGAGGCGACGCGCAGAUGGUGCAAGGCGGCGACAGCGCAGGUCGUCAAGAAGGCCAUGGAGCUGGUGAUCAGGACGGCGAAGGACUCGCAUGUUGAAACCAUCCAGCCGUUCUCCAAACUUGCCGAGUUAUUCGGAUCGAGCUUGGGCGGCUUCACGAGCACCUCCAAUGGCUUGAACGAUAGGUGGCAGAACUGCAAUCACGCUCUGCACCAGCGCGUGGGCGACGCCAUGUUCGAGCUGAUCCACGAGGUUUACGUAAAGUCCCCGUUCAAGUUCGGAUGUGGUAUCAACCGCGCCACUGGCCUGCUGACGAACAUGCUCUCGCACUUGGACUACUGCGUGAAGCUGGCGAAUAUGAAGCAGCAGCCCUCGCGAACGAAGCAGGAGCACGACGCUUUCGCGGGGGGCGUCGCCGAGUUUGCAGGCAUGGCGAUUCACGCGUGCUGCAGUGCGUCUUUCUUCAACGGCAAGCUCGCAGAGAUCGCUCCGAACAUCGCCUUCGGCCUCGGCGAAGUCAGCGAGGGCGUCGUGCGAGGGGCGCCGCGCCCCGAUGCCUCCGGCAGACUGUUCAUGAACGUCGCCAUCGAGAGUCUCCUGCGCGGCGACGUCCACUGGGUCGACGGCGGCGAUAGCGACGACAAGGCCGUGGAGGCGGGCAACAUGGACGCCGUCGUGAUCCCGAGCGCCGCGCUGAACGGCCAGGUCGAGCGUGCGCCAGUGAAAGGGUGCUCGGCGCAGCUGCGCGCGAACGCGGCGAUGAAGGCGACGCCAGAUGCACUUUUCGGCAGCUACGCCCACGCGCAGAGCAUGGCGUCCAGAUCGUUGGCUCGAUUGGACUGCCUCUUGGCUUCGGGCGAGGCGCGCGAGUUUGCGGAGCAAGGCUGGGCGCGCGCCGUCAACCCCCAGAGCGCGAGGCAGUGGGUCCGCGCGGCGGCUGUCAACGCAGGCGCUUCGAAGAACAAGCUGCUUGAGGUGAUGGCGACAGCUCAGCGCAGCGAGAAGAUCGGGGCGGAUAUCUUCGACGACAGGACGGCGGUGAUCGCGGGCUACAACUUCGCGCGCAAUGCGCUGACGUGCAUGGGCGGGGCUGGCUCGCUCUUGGACGCGACGCCGCCCGUGCGGCGCAACGACGCUGCAGCGACUUCGACUGCGACCGGGAUCGCGUGCGUGGCCAUUG